AUGGGCAAUGACAAGAUGAUGAAGAAGCAGAGCAAGUUGAGGCAAUAUAUCGGCGCCCCGAAGAGGUUUCUAAGCAAGGCCAGAGACUUUUAUGUUGAUAGCAUGGUUAGCCUGGAUGGAAAGCUUGCCAACAAUAACAUGAUGCUCCCAAUAUCUCCACAGAUCUCCCAAACAUUGCCCGAAAACUUGGGAUCGAACAACAAAACUGCGACCAACGACAACCUGGUAGCGCUGUGUAGAUCAUCGACGACGAGGAGGAGAAGCAGUAAACAUGGGGACAAUAACAAUAAGCCUUCUUCUAAUGGGAAGAAGGUCCGGUUUGAAGGAAUGAACAAAAGUUACAGUAGUGUUGGACUGGGAAGGAUUGACACCAUUGAUGAGGACAAGCCUUAUGAAUGUGAUGAAGAUCAUAGUAUCAUGUUUGCAAGAAGCAGAAGCCAUGCUGUUACCCGCAGAAAUGCUGCUUAA